CCAAACCCUUCUCCCUUCCUCCACCUCAACUCAACUCUCAGAGCUCCCAUUUCCCCAUCAAUGGCGAUCGUCUUCCUCCUCGCUUUACUCUCCCUUUCCUCUCUCUCCGAAGCCACAUAUCCGGGCGGCGGCCUCAUCCUGACCCUCGUCAACAACUGCCCCUACCCGAUCUGGCCCGCCAUCCAGCCCAACGCCGGCCACCCCGUCCCCGAACGCGGCGGCUUCUUCCUCCCUUCCCUCUCCCACCGCUCUUUCCCCGCUCCCUACCAGCACUGGUCUGGCCGCGUCUGGGCUCGAACAGGCUGCGUCGGUGACCACAACCACUUAACCUGCCAAACCGGCGACUGCGGCGGAAAACUCGAAUGCAACGGCGCCGGCGGCAAAACCCCCGCCACACUCGCGCAGUUCAGCCUCCACCACGGCCACAAAGACUUCUCCUCCUACGGCGUUAGCCUCGUCGACGGCUUCAACAUUCCCCUAACCAUAACACCUCACGAAGGCCACGGCGUUUGCCCGGUGGUCGGCUGCAAAGCCAAUCUCCUCCAGACUUGCCCACGCGAGCUCCAAGUCCACGCGCCGCAGCGCUACGGCCAAGUCAUAGCCUGUAAGAGCGGCUGCGAAGCGUUUAACACCGACGCGCUUUGCUGUAGAGGGCAUUACAAUAGCCCACAGACUUGCAAAGCGUCGUCGUUUUCGCUCUUUUUUAAACACGCUUGUCCUUCUACUUUUACUUAUGCUCAUGAUACUCCCUCGCUUAUGCAUGAGUGUGCUGCGCCACGUGAGCUUAAAGUUAUUUUCUGCCAUUAAUUUAGCUGCUGACGUGGAGAUGCCACGCCACUAUUUCGGGUUUUAGCGUUGUCGACGUGUCGUUGUGAUUGUUGUAUGUUAUAUUUGUAGAUUUUUCUA